UCCCCCUCCGCCCACUUUCCCUUCACCCUCCAAAUGGCCUCCGUGUGACGUCAUAGCAAGUGCUCAGGGCAAGCGAGCAAGGGCAACUCAAACCGUGAUUGGAACGCAGCCAAAGCCAAGAAAAGAAAAGAAGUGACGCAUUUCGCAUAUACGCAGGGCUAAGCAAGGGCCUCCGACGCAAGAUGGCCGCAAAUUACAUAUGCCGUCGCUUCUACCUUGGAUAUCUAGUCUCGUAUAUGUGAUACAUAUGACCAACCCGCUCGCUCCAACUAUUUGACGUUCUCAAGUUUGACGUCACGACAACAAGUAAGGACUCUCGCCUUUAGAUAUAGAUAAAGCCGAUUAAAAUAAUAUCAAAGGUAAAACUCCUCUUCGUGACAUCUGGAAUUAACGUGAUUACAGGAGAAACGGAUCGACCUGCAUUUCAAGAGCUCUCUGUGGAUGAACAUUGACCAGUGCUGCUAGCACACAAGCUAAAUUGAGAUAACACAUACGCAGAUGAAUGAUUGUAAAUGAGGAACUAAAAAGCACAACUACGACUAUAAAUCUUCUUUCAAGUGCUUGACGAAUUUCACAAUGGAGAGUAAAUACAACCUCAAGAGUCCUGUUCGUGAAUGGUUGAACGCCCACUUCUCUGGAAGAUCGUCAUGCUGGCCGGAAGUCCUGACUUAACACCAGUCCUGACUUUGGGGUUGUUGAAAGAUCAAGUCUACUCAAGCAAAGCAAGGAAUUUGGAGCGGUGAAGAGGUUGAUGAAAGAGGCUGCAGAAUUGAGAGAUCCCACAGAACACUACCAUGCCCAGCCACUGGAAGAUAACCUGUUUGAAUGGCACUUCUCGGUCCGAGGACCACCAGAUUCCGAUUUUGAUGGUGGGAUUUACCAUGGCAGGAUUCUUCUACCCCCAGAGUAUCCGAUGAAGCCUCCCAGCAUUAUUCUCCUCACACCAAAUGGAAGAUUCGAAGUUGGGAAGAAGAUCUGUCUGAGUAUAUCGGGUCACCAUCCAGAGACAUGGCAGCCUUCAUGGAGCAUACGAACUGCUCUAAUUGCCAUAAUUGGAUUUAUGCCAACAAAAGGAGAGGGUGCGAUAGGAUCUCUUGAUUAUACUCCAGAAGAGCGAAGGGUACUUGCCAAAAAGUCUCAGGAUUUUUGCUGUGAGACGUGUAACUGUUCAUUGAGCUCAACACUCCUGCCUCUCAACCCCAACAGUGACAUCAGCCUAGAGGACCAAAUGGCAAAUGAGCUAGCUCACCAAAUUAACUUCAAGACAGAGUCAAAUUUAUCAAGUAAAAUGGCAAGUGAGGGUGAAGAUGCCGGCGCUGAGGUUUCCGAUCUUACCCCGGAACAAAGUGUCUCUAAUUCUUCAAGCCGCGAAGCUGUUGAGAGCUCUCUGACGGAGCAGACAGAAACUUCGACAGCCACCGGAGCGGAUAGGGAGCGGUCUUCAAACGACGAUCGUCCUCACAGCCCCACGCGGCGUCGUGCCAUACUUCACCAAAGAGACAAUAACCAAGCUCCGAACAGGCCACGCUUGAUCGCAGAGGUUCACCAGCCCCAAAACGACGGCCACACGGGCUCGGCCGUGCUCAUAGUGGUGCUCACUUUGGCGCUGGCUGCGCUUAUUUUCCGUCGGAUCUUUCUGGCUCAUGACUACAAGUUUGAGUAUGAACUGUAACCUUUCCUAGCUACGACAUCAUCCUACCUUUCAGUUUUAGCCAUCACUGGAACAUUUGGCAUGGGUCCCAUCACUUUAAUGUUUUUUUUUUCCUGCAGGUGGUCCAAUUGUGCAUCUGAUAGUUCUUCUUUAAUCAAUGUGACUGUUUGUUCUGCCUGUCUUUUUUAAUUCAUUUUAUUCAUCAAUGCACCAUUUUGAUAUGUCUCUCAGUUUUCAUGGAGAGGCUAGUUAUCCUGUACGUUGGUUAAUGAUCUGUCAUGUAAGGGGCAGAAAACACUUUGUAUAAAUUACCCUCAUGUUAAAGACUAUGGCAUGGGUGUCCAAACCUGCCCUCAAGGACCGCUGUGGGUCAUGGUUUUUGUUCCAACCAAUCGAGCACAGACAGUUUAACCAAUGAAGUUUGUGCUAAAACAAGCAGCACCUGACUGCAAUCAACUGAUUACCCUUGUGAGACACCAGAUUGGUGAAAGGUUGUCCUCAUGAUGGGUUUGAACAAAAACCCGCACCCACGGCGGCCCUAUGUGGAAUAGUUUGGACAACACUAGACUAUGGGUUAACUAUAAAAAUGACAAGUUUUUGGACUGGGGUACUUGCAUUUGAUUGGCUAAAGUAGGACAUUUAUAAAAUGUUUCGCCUGCACUUCAUAGAAAUACUAGCUUUCAUGUUUUUCUGCGCUGUUACACAUCAGAACAUUGGAAUUCUUUCUUUUCAAUUCAUGAAAUAAGAUUCUUUCCACUAGGAUGCACAUGAUAAAGAUACUGCAUUUAUCUCCCUCAUCCCUCAAUUAAUGAAGUCAUGCCCUGCUGUGGACAUUUAUGUUCAUUAAAAAAAAUUGUCGUUCUCUACAUUGGGCGGACGUGCAAAGGUUCUGGUGUUUUAUGCAUCUUUUAUAUCAUUACAUAUACAUUUUCAGUGAUACUGUCUUCAUUUUUACCAAAAUGGAGGCCUGCAAUUUAUGUUAAGAUUGUUAGAGACAUUUAUGGCUUAAAGCAGUGUUUUUCAACCGGUGUGCCAUGAGAGAUCGUCAGGUGUGCCGCCAGAAACGAUCCAAUAUUACUUUUUAUUAAUAUAUAAUUUGUAAAAUUAUUGGAGUGGUCCCUGACGGUAUUUUGAAGGACACUCAGCCUUGUCAACAGCACGCGGACGUCAUUGGGCGCAGUUGCAGUAGGGAGGAAGGAGUAGGGGGAGGCAAGCGAGUUAUUGCUCGUGCCGUGUUCAAGAACUGCUCUGAUUUCUAGCCAUCAGCCACCUUACUGUAAACCACAAUAUGUCGGAAUAAAACGCAGGUGGGGGAUUGCCGGCCAUCAUAUAUGGAUAAAAUGGAAAGGAUACUUUAGUGUAUAUCGACACUUGCCGAGUUUGAUCAAAUGAUGUACAGUAGACGUGCUGCGGUCCACAUUGUCGCUGACAGCAAGGUGGCUGAUGGCUGUAAUUCUGCGCAGUUCUUGAACCCAAAACGAGCAAUUGCCUCCCUCGCUCGCUCGCCCGCGACCGAGAACGAAUGCACGGCACACAGAAGUCAUGGUGGCAGUCACGGAUAAGUUCUUAAAAAGGACUUUGAAAUUCAAACUGAGCCCUGGACAAGAUUCUGACCCAGACGAAGGCCCUAGUAUCGAGUCGUGGCACAUAAAAAAACAAAACAAAAACGAAGACAGAGUUAAAAGGGAAGGCAAUACAGUGAAAGCUAUGUUUCAUUUGGAUUUACUUUCACCGGGGAUGAGACGAAACCUACUCUAUUAUGUUUCACGUUCCAUCAUAUAUCACACUGAAAUAAGUAUAAAUAUUGAGAAAUUAUGAUUAAAAAUACUGUACAGAAAGUCAUUUUGGAACAUUUUUAGUUUGUGGUGUGCUUUCCAAUGUAAAAAUGUGCCGUUACCCCAAAAAGGUUGAAAAGCACUGGCUUAAACCGCACUGGCGUACUGCUGAUGAUUUUUUAUGUUUGACAAAGCCCACCUGUCCACCUCAGGUGUCUAUAAAAAAAUGGCGCUGAGGCUAGUUUUUAUGGUGGACCAAAUGGCACAUCAUGAAAUGUAUGAAUACAUCUUUAAAUAAAUACUUAAAUGGGUCAUUAAUUAAAAUGGGAAUAAAGCCAUUAAAUAUGUAAUUAAAAUAUCAGUCCAUUUUAAUGGUUAAAAAACAAUUAUUUAAUAAUUACAUGGGCUCAUGUAGCGGCACACAUACAUUAAAUUCAGUGGGCGGGACUAACACCUGAUUGGUUCCCCAGCACAUCAAGUCAAGACGGGUCCAUUUUAGAUAAACGAUCGAUGCAGUUCCAAUAAACAUUCUGACACACUAGAUGAUGGUGCUUCCUUUAAUCAGGUCAAACAAGUCAUCAAAAUAUUUCUUACUAACUCUAGAGAAAGUAUAUCCUCCGUAGCCGCCAUGUUAUUAAAGACUUCAGACAACAGCGAUCAAUUAGAUUUAGUCCCGCUCGCUGACCGAUGGACGAGUGUGUCCAUGAAAAGACUCAUUAAACAGUAAAAUAAUUAGAUGUUUUUACUUUAAAUGAGCUAAUGACACUUUUAUUUAAUCCCUAUUUUAAUUACCGUAUUUUUCGCACUAUAUGGCGCACCUUAAAAGCCUUCCAUUUUCUCAAAAUGUGUCAUUGCGCUUUAUAAUCAGGUGCACCUUCUAAAUGAAUCUAUAAUUGGUUACUCAUGACAUAACAUUCCCUUUAGCGUAGCUCUAUCUAGUGGAUGAAUAAAGCUAAUGCAACAACAGGGGGACCAAAAAAACUUUUUACCAAUUCAAUAAAACCAAGCGAUGGAAGAAAACAUUUUAUUCAUAGUAACUGGAACCUUAAAACAUGCCAUUUAAGAAAUAUUUAUGGAAUUUUAAUUUAAAAAUGAUGUCCAUUAAAUAGUGUCUUCCUGCAUGACUGCAUUCUUGAAAUGCUGUUGACCAUAUUAAAAAAAAAAAAAAAAAAAAAAAAAGUCAAAUUUUUGUGUAUUGGCAGGCAUGGGCUAGUGGCAGCACUGCGAGACGGUGACCUUGAGCAAGUAAACAAAGUGCUAUUUUUGUAACCAUGGUGAACUCAGGAUGGAAUUUUCAGUAUUCCAGCUCAGAUGUGGAAUCAAUCGACAAUCUCAAUGGCCGAUUUCAAGAAUGUAUUCGUACACAGGGUGAAAGUGGGCCGGAACGUUCUGGCACCAAGUUCGGCGCCGGAACGGUGCUUUGAUCCCGGAAAUAUGACAGCAACUGUCAAAACCCCAUGCUAAAAACAACCUGCCUGGCUGCCACGCAGGCAUCUCCAAGAGGAAAACAAUCUACUAACGUCAGAUUUACACACACAAGUGUUGACAACAAGCAUAAUAAAGUGCUUGUGUAGGGUCAUACGUUUCCAACGAUAUUUAUUAUUUAUUUAUUCCACGGACAGCACGGAAUUCUCCCAGCGUGUCUGAUGUGUUGUGUAGAUGUGUGCAUACGCUCAGCUAACCAACCCUCCCUGGCCGGGACUCCAGUUGCCAGUUCAAUUGGCUGACAGUCACAUGUGAUCAGCAUGGAUAGUUAGCUCUGAUAGGUUCAAAUGCACAUCUUUUCUGGGAGAAAAAAAAAGAACAAGCUUGUUGAAUAAUGCGAUAAAAGGGCAAUGCAACAUAAAAUACAUCAGAUCUUUAAGCGCAAGGAACGAGUUGAAGAGACUUAUUUUCUCUAAUGGGGAGGUUAUGUUAACCCUAUAAUGCCUGACCCCAGAAAUAAUGAACAGAAAAAUUCAGAUUUUUUUCAAUUUUAAAGCUUUAUGUGGUCCUGAGUAGUCUCUGAAAUUCCUCAACUUUUUGUUAUGGGAACACUAUGAGGUGUCUGUGUGUCUGGCAGAAAGCCCUAAUUUGACUCGUGCAGUUGUGUUUUCAAUACUGGAGGUCAGUCACCAUAGCGACUAAGUAUACUGUCCUUAUAUUUUCUUUUAAACGCUGCAAGGGACCCCAUGUUGGUCAGUGCAGGGUCAACAGCUAUGUUAGUAAUCAAAAAUGAUUUUAUGGUAGUUCUCACAUGGCUAUAGUUAAACACAUUGUUCCCUCUCAAAUCAUAAUUCGAUUCGAAAUUUACUUAAUAAAAUCCAACACAUGGAACAGAUACUAGUAUGUCAUCUUAAAAGGCAAUUUAAAAUAAAAAUACAAUAGAGAACAGUGUACUGUACAGUAUGAUAAUGUUACAUGAUGCAUGAACAACGAAAUGCGAACGUGGCCGGUAUGCAGGGGUGAAAGUGGCUAGAAUUUCUUGCCAGAACUCCCCGACGUGAAGGUCGCCACGGAGCCAGAAAUUUUGUUUAUUUAUUUUCAUUUUUUGGGUGCGUCAAACCUCCUAAAACUACUGAAAUGCAAAGAAAACUGUUUUGGCACAGUUAUUUCUAUAACACAUCUAAAAACUGAUUUUCAUUCAAAAUUGUAUUUUUUCAAUGAUUUGCAAAAUAAAAGUUAACAAAAACAGCAAUAACCCCAACCUCCAUCUCCUAAUUUUUAUAUUCCCUCAUUUCCUCACACACUAAAUGCCAAAUUUCAAUUUUAAUUACUUAAAAACAUAGGAUGUAUAUUAAAAUUGAAGUUAAUGUAAAGAUUUACUUUUGCUUUCUUUUUUUAAAUAAUAAAGAUAUAAGUAACAUUCAUUCAGAAAAAUAAGUACAAAUGACUUAUAUCAUGCAGAGUGAAAUGGAAUAUAUUUUGAAGAUCGCGCAAACAUAGACUUUUUUAAAUCAUAAGGAAAUUAAUGCGUAGCCUAACAUAAAUGAACAAAUAUAAAUCCAAAUUGCACAUUGACAGCUAAGAUGUACUGAACAUCCCAAUCAGAGCAAAUAAAACUAAAUAUGAUAAAUAAGCCUCCUCAACUAUUUCCUUGCUCUUAAGGAUCUGAUCCAUUCUCUGUUGCAUUGCCCUUUUUUGUCGCAUCAAUUCAACAAACUUUUUUUUUUUUUUUUUUCUAUUCGAGAAAACAUGCACAUUUGAACCAAUCAGAGCUAACUAUCUCUGCUGAUCACAUGUCAGUAUGUCAGCCAAUUGAACGGAUAAAUGAGUCCAGGCGUUUCGCUUUGCUGCGUGCAUUCGCACAUUGAUGUGACUCAUCAUCAUCAGACUCAGAUAACUGCAGCAGCUGGGUAAGCUUCCAUGCCGUCCGUGGAAUAAAAUCAAUAAUAAAUAUGGGUGGAAACAGAUUACAUUACACAAGCACUUUAUUAUGCAUGUUGUUAACACUUGUGUAUGUAAAUCUGAUGUUGAUGGAUUGUUUUCUUCUUUUAAAAUUUUUUUUAUUUUUUUUUACAUAGCGUUUUGACAGUUGCCGUCAUAUUUUUGGAAUCAAAGCACCGGAGCCAGCAUUCAGGCUCUGAAACUUAUACCGGAACUGCGUUCAGGCCCUGAAUCUUAUACCGGGACUGCAUUCCUGACCGUUCUGGCCCACUUUCACCCCUGCCGGUAUGUUAACGUAACAUAGCUAUUGAGAGUUAUUCAGUUAACUAUAGCAUGGAGAACAUGCUAACAAGUUUCCCAAACCAUCAGUGUCAAAACACCAAAAUAACAUGCGAAAUGAUAUAAUAAUGUGUUAAUAAUUUCACACACAAGUCGCUCCAGAGGAUAAAUCGCACCCCCAGCCAAACUAUGAAAAAAACAGCAACUUAUAGUCCGAAAAAUACGGUAUAUAUACUGUAUGUUCUCUAAUUUGUAUCAUAAAUGAUAGAUUAAGCAUUACAUACAGUUGUCGUGGCAAAACAAACAUAACCAAAGUGAGAAUUAACACAAUAAGGUUUUAAACAUUUUGUACUGCAAUGUGGUCCAGAAAUACUUGUCUCAAAUGUGAUACAUUUGGCAGUAUAGUUUAUGUGCACUUUGGACUUAUUUUUGUUAAUUUACCUAUGUUAGGCUACUUAUUUCCAUUUAAUAUAAAAAGGCAAAUGUUUGGGUUAUCUUCAAAA